UUUACAGAGGGUUGGAUUUGUUAGAUUUGUUGGUUCCUGCGUAGACUGAAAGAGUUUGUUUUUCAGAUAUCUAAUAUUUUCUUGGUAAACUCACACAUCUGUAGUCACAGAGUGAAAGUGUGUUGUUUAUUUUGCCAUUUGUCAGUUGUUUACAUUGGUAUGCUGCUGGUAAUUACGAUGCAUCAGCUGUCUUCAAGAAUAUUUUAUAUACACGACGAGAUGACUGCAAUCAUGGGUGUUUGACGUGGAGCGAUGACGCGAUGACCUGGUUUAUAACCUGCAGCUUCACAUUCCUCCACAUAUGCCUGAUGUCAUCUAAAGCAAUCCUCUUUCCUCCAAUGAACCUCACUGUGAACCUGUUGGAUUUUAUGGUUACCGCUGAAUGGAUACCGGGGCCAGGGAACCCUCCUGGCACCAGAUAUACCGUGGAGUUUAUACCUCUACAAAGCAUAUCUGGAGGAAAGUGGAACCUCCAAACCUGUUCAGACAUAGCCACGCUGAAAUGUGACCUGACCUUUGACCAUCAAUCCGAAGAGCUUUUUUGGAAUUACUUUGUAAGGGUCAAAACCACGUUUAAAGGGACGAGCUCCAACUGGACGACUAUAUCAAAGUCUUUUCAGCCGUAUGGAGACACUCGCCUGAGCUCCCCGGAUGUAAAAAUUUCAACUGAGCGACACAAGAUUUCCAUAAGUUUCAGCCACAGGCUGGAAUUACAAGGGACCAAACCCCUGGAAUUCCUCGUAUGUCUUUUUGAGAGCGAUUCUGUGGGGUCGAAUUCUGAGUUCGUAGCACUGGCAUCAACCUCAAAAUCUCCUCACAUUUUUCUUGAUGUGCCACCCGGCAAGAACUACUGUGUUAAUGUUUCUGCUAGUCAUCAACAAGCCUUGCGUAAAAACAACUUCAACGCGACCGAAUGUUUCUUUCUGUCAGAUUCUCCUAUAAGACAUUCCGGUGUAAUUGUGUUUAUUGUGGCCAUGGUGGCUAUUGCAGUCGGGGUUACUUUGGCGUCCAUGUAUUUUUACCAAAAGAGGUUUAAAAUUGAGGAUAUUAGCAUUCCAGGGGUUCUGUUUGUUUUUGCAGGAACUAAAAUGGUCCUCAAUUUUCAUCCUGAGAAUAUUAAUGCGAUAUCAUCGAUGUGGUCGAAUGCAGUUACGAACACAGAGUAUGCUCCUGCAUCUGAGGAGAAUGAUUCUCUACUCUACUAUCCCAGAGAGUGUACAAAUAUUAUCAUCAACCCAUCAUCCGUUGUCAAGCAAGAACCUGCCGUCCAUCUACCAGACCCUGUUGAGGAGGCAGAAUCCCUGAAUCAAAAUUUCUCUGAUUACAGUUUAGCUACUGAUAUGGAAGAAAAUGUAAUAUCUGAAGAUGAUGACACAGUCGCAUUCAUUUCUACCUCAAACCUUUCAUUGUUUACCGAGUCUGAAACACCACAAUUAAAUAGUGUGAGCAUAAAGCUGGAUAGAGAUGCAGAGGAAAUAGAGAGUUGGUGUGACGAGGAGGAUGAUGUCUCAUUCUGCGACGAUUCUUUCUCAAAUGGCGACUACGAGCCAAGGGUUGAUCCAAGAGUUUUUUAAAGUGGAUGU